UGGUCAAUGUUAUUUUUUCUAGUUUCUUUUUUUCUGAAUAAAAUUGAAAUUUGUAUUGAAAUUUGAAAUUUUUAUUGUUUUCUAAAUAAAAUGACCGAAUUUCUUGCUGAGGAUAAUGUUUGUGGACAAAAUUUAUUACAAAUUGUUGCGGUCGGAAAUGCAAUCAUUGCCGAGAUUCUGCGGGUCAAAGAUUACAUUCCAGAGCUAUAUCGGCUCGAAAAGAAACAAGAUCAAGUAAAAUAUGCGGAAAUCAUAUUGGAUUUUAGCUAUUUCAAAAUAUCCGAAGCGCAGGAGAAGAAAAUCGAAGAGAAUUCGGAAUUGCAAGACCUUGAUGAAGAAGUUCGCGAAAACUAUUUGGAAAUAUUAACCCGAUGCUAUUUAGCGUUCGAAAGUGUUCAUCAAUAUGUUAGCGAUUUGAAAUUCUUUUUACAUGAAGUCAAUGAGGGUAUGUACAUUCAACAGACUGUGGAAUCGAUACUGCAAGAUGACGAAGGAAAACAAUUGCUGACGGAAUCUCUAUAUCUGUACGGUGCCAUGUUGUUGAUUCUUGACAUGCAUAUUCCUGGCAUCGUACGUGAACGAAUUCUGGUAUCCUAUCACCGUUACGGCACCGGCAAAAUCAACAGUGACAGUAAUAUCGAGGAUAUUUGUAUGUUGUUACGUUCAACUGGAUUCAAUAAUGCAUCGGAUGUAAAACGGGUAACAAACUAUCCCGAAGAAUAUUUCAGACGUGUUGAUUUGGAUGAAACAUUUGUUGAAAUGAUAAUCGGUCGUCUUCGUUCCGAUGAUAUUUACAAUCAAAUUUCAGUUUAUCCAUUGCCAGAGCAUCGUUCAAUCGCAUUGGCUAAUCAAGCGGCAAUGCUGUAUGUGUGUUUGUAUUUUUCGCCGCGCACACUUCACCAUCAACAGUCCCAAAUGCGUGAAAUUGUCGACAAAUUCUUCUCCGACAAUUGGAUCGUAUCAAUUUAUAUGGGCAUGACGGUAAAUUUGAUUGAUGCAUGGGAACCAUACAAGGCGGCCAAAAAUGCGUUGACCAAUGUGAUUGAUGGAAGAAAUAUCAAAGAAAUUGCCAUCAAACAUUCAACACAGAUGAAAAAAUUAAUUCAAAGAACACGAACAUUGCUCAAAGACGGAAUUGUUACACAGCAAAUGCUCGUGAAAAACAUCAUAAAAAUUGUGAAUUUAAUUCGGGAAUGUAAUGUAACAUUAAGAUGGAUGAUGUUGCAUACGAGUAAAUCAACGUACGAUUGUAGCCAAAAUAAGAAGUGCAAACAAUUUGAAAAUCAAGUGAUCAACGAUUCGGCUUAUAAAUCCGUUGAAUUGUUCGAAUUGCUGUUGAAUGUAAGCCAAUUGGAGUUUAAGGUACGCGAAAUAAUCAAAGAAGUCUUAGUCGAAAAAGAAUCACAAUGGGAUGCAUGUCGAAAAGAGGCGCACGAACGUUUGGCCGAAUUAAGCCAAGUGUUUACCGCAUCAAAUUCACUGAUGAAAAUCAAGAAAAAUGACGAUUUAAAAAAAUGGUUUGCCGAUAUUGCAAAAGAUGUGAACGAAUUAUCGCAUGAACAUGCAAAUGUAUCGGGCCGAAAAAUAAUACAAUUGAUUCAGGCACUGGAACGUGUUCAAGAAUAUCAUAAUCUCAAUUCAAAUAUGCAAGUGAAACAGCAUUUGAUUGAAACCGAUCAAUAUUUACAUCAAAUGAUUCAAACAAUAAAUAUUAAAGAAGAUAAUUUGAUCAAUUUACAAAUUAUCGGCGAUUUAAGCUAUGCAUGGAUCACAAUCGAUAAUUAUACCAUCAUCAUGCAGGAGAGCGUUAAAAAGCAACCAAGUCUGGUGAUCAAAUUACGUGCAACAUUUUUGAAAUUGGCGAGUGCAUUGGAAAUCCCAUUGUUGCGCAUUAAUCAAGCGCAUAGCGAUGAUUUGGAAUCAGUAUCACAGUAUUACAGCAAUGAACUGGUCAAUUAUGUGCGCAAAGUUAUUCAAAUCAUUCCAAAAACAAUGUUUGAAAUACUCGAGCGAAUCAUUAAAAUACAAACGGAGACAAUGAAAGAGGUGCCAACCCGUCUUGAUAAGGAUAAGGUUCGCGAAUAUGCACAAUUGGAUGAACGAUAUGCGGUUGCCAAAAAUACGUAUCAAAUAUCCGUUUUCACCGAAGGCAUUUUACAAAUGAAAAAAACACUCGUCGGUGUCAUUGAAUUGGAUCCGAAACAAUUGCUGGAAGAUGGCAUACGCAAAGAAUUGGUAAAACAUCUCGCUGAAUCUCUUCACAAUGGAUUAACAUUUAGCACAAAAUCAAAAACACCCGAAAACUUAGUUGAUAAACUGACCAAUUUAUCGAAAAUAAUUGAUGGAUACAAGCGAUCUUUUGAAUAUGUUCAAGAUUAUUUAAACAUUUAUGGAUUCAAAAUUUGGCAAGAAGAGAUGUUUCGCAUUAUAAACUACAAUGUGGAAAAAGAGUGCAACACAUUUUUGAGGAAGAAAGUUCAAGAUUGGCAAUCGGAAUAUCAAAGCACAAACAUUCCAAUACCAGUAUUUCCGCCAACUGACACCGUUUCCGUUACUUUUAUCGGACGAUUGGCAACUGAAAUUUUACGACACACAGACCCAAGAACGGCCGUUUAUAUCGAUGGUAUGUCAUCGUGGUAUGAUUUUAAAUCGCACAAGAAACUCUUGCACAUGAAUGUGAUGUCAAAAAUAAUCGAAAGCAUCGAACCGGCCGGCUUAGUUGGUUUAGAUAAACUCUAUUCGCACAUGAUAAAAUCCGAUCUGGAAUCAUUGGUCAAUUCAUUGCAACACAGUAUUUUGAAUGACAAGACAAUGGCCGAUAUUGUAAAUUCAAUAAAUAAUGAAGCAUCGACAUCAACCGCAACUGUGUCGCAACCAUUGAAAUUUUACAAUAAUCACAUAUCAAAGUUUAUAAAAGCGACACCGAAAAUUCUCGAUCUUGUUUUGGCCAUUGGUCAAAAGCAAAUCAUACGCAAGUAUAUCGCUUUUGAACUGAACUCCAGUUGUAAAUUCAAUUCAAAAAAUUUGGAAUCCACAUUACGAACUAUGAACGACUCCCUAUUGCUUGAAUUAAGAUCGCAUGAAUUGGAUCCGGAAAAACCGUGUCCAAGUGUUGAACUUUUGUGGAAAGUUAAUAAAUAUCUUGAGUGGGCCGGUCUUUAUAAUCCAUAUGAAAAGGUGUAUAUCGAUACAAAACACUUUCGAAAUAUGGCCACUGCAAUGCUGCUAUUAACCAUAUCACAGGUGCCAAAAUUAACGUACACAAAAAAUCUAUCGACUUUGAUUGGAAAAAAAUUGGCCGAACACAUCGACGGAAUAUCGUUUGUUGUUGGUGUAAUGACGGUGUUGAAACAAUAUCAUAUCGAAAUUAUGGACAUUUUCAUUGAUGAAAUGGCUCAAUAUGUUAUUUCAAUGGCUGACUAUAGUUUUCCACUGAAGAAAGAAAUCGGAGCUGAAGCCUACAUUGCUCUACAUUUUCUAUUUAAAUUUAUUGAAUGUGCCAAAAUCAACCGAGAAGUACUCGAAAAAUAUAUCCCAGAAAUGCUGCUUAACGAAUUGGAAAGUCUAGCGAAUAAAAUAUAAUGCAAUAUAAAAUAGACACAAACACACACAUAAUAAAGCAACAUUUAUUUUUUUUAUUUGUUGAA